ACUUUGUCUAGUAACUUAAAAACAAAACAGAAAUCGGCGAUUCUUACUAAAUCAUGGCAAUUUCCAUAAAUUUUUAAAUCAUUUUUUCUAAAUUUUUCAUAUUAAUAUAUAAUUUUUUGUUCAUUACAAUGGCUACAAUGUGGAGAAUUCUGAAAGGUUCAAUGCAUUUAUCUAGAAAUUGUCAAUUUAUAUUUUCUCGAAAUAUAAAAUCACUUUCAAGCAUUCAUCAAGUACAAAACUCUUUAACUCCCAAAAAAUCAGAAGAAAUUUCCACUACCCUGGAAAUGCCUGAACCCUUAGAUCAUCCUGAUUUUUUUCAAGUUAGCAAUUUGUUUACUGUUGAAGAUUUAUUCAAUGCCCGUGUGCAUUUUGGGCAUACCAUGGGAACUCUGAAUGAACACAUGAAGCAGUUCAUUCUUGGAUCUCGCUUAGAAACUCUUAUCUUUGAUUUGGACCAGACAGCAGAAUUGUUGAGAGAGGCUCUGAAUUUUACUGCUCAUAUUGCUUUUCGAGGAGGCAUAAUAAUAUUUAUUGCAAGAUAUAAGCAGAAUGCUUAUUUGAUUGAAAAAACAGCUUUGGAAUGUGAAGAAUAUUCUCACACCAGAGAGUGGAGAUUGGGAACAUUUACAGAUCCAAAUCGAUUUGGCAUGAUGACUCGAUUACCUGAUCUUGCUAUAUUCCUUAAUACUUUGGACAGUGUAUUUGAAACCCACACAGCAGUGAUUGAGUGCAAUAAGCUGCUCAUACCUUCUGUUGGUAUUGUUGACACAAACUGUUUCCCUAAUUUUAUAACUUAUCCUGUACCAGGUAAUGAUGAUACCCCACAAGCAAUAGAACUUUAUUGCAAACUUUUUAAAGAAGCAAUUCUUCGAGGUAAAGCGAAAAGAAAAGAGUUCAUUGAAAAAUACCAGCAUAUAAUUGAGCAAUGAUACAUUAUCAGUUAAAUAAGUAGACAGUGGGUGUGUAAAUAAAUAUUUUUGCCACUUU